CCGGCCAAGCUAGGCUUUAGGACUUCGGAAAGCUCUAUUCUUCGGUAGAAGGGUGGGUGAAGCAGUGAAAGUUUAAACCUCACUUGUUGAAACUUCAGCGUUUUAUUUUAUGUCAGAUUUAUCAACAGAAGGCAAACUCGUUACGAGUCCUCUGGGUUGGUGUUGACUGAAGUGAUGGCAGCCAACAAAAGUAAAAACCAGAGCUCCUUGGUUCUGCACAAGGUCAUCAUGGUUGGCAGUGGGGGAGUGGGCAAGUCUGCCCUCACGCUACAGUUCAUGUAUGAUGAGUUUGUGGAGGACUAUGAGCCCACCAAAGCAGACAGCUACAGGAAGAAGGUGGUUCUGGAUGGGGAAGAGGUCCAGAUUGACAUCCUGGACACUGCGGGCCAGGAGGAUUAUGCUGCCAUCAGGGAUAACUACUUCCGCAGUGGAGAGGGCUUCCUGUUGGUCUUCUCCAUCACAGAGCAUGAGUCCUUCACUGCCACUUCCGAGUUCAGGGAGCAGAUCCUCCGUGUGAAGGAGGAAGGCAUGAUUCCUCUGGUGGUGGUGGGGAACAAGUCGGACCUGGAGGAUCGCAGGAAGGUAACCGUAGAGGAAGCGACCACCAAGGCGCAGGAGUGGGGGGUGCCUUACGUGGAGACUUCUGCCAAGACGCGUGCCAAUGUUGACAAGGUGUUCUUUGAUCUCAUGCGUGAGGUACGGAAAAAGAAGAUGUCAGAGAACAAAGACAAGAACGGGCCGAGCGGCAGAAACAAGAAGCGAAAAUGUGUCAUCCUCUGAUCUGAUCCAGGCUUCAGUGCCUCCAUGCCAAACACCAGCCUGGGCUAAACGGACUGAGCCAAACCUACCGAUACCGCAUACUGAUUUCCCUUGCCUUCUCGUUAGCACCAAUCUGUACUGAAUCAUACAGGCUUCUCACUCAGUGCCAGCGUGUGACGGCACCACCAACUUCUUGUAUGAUGUGUUGUUUAUGUCAUUGGAGGGAACUAAGCUAGUUCCUCAUUAUUAUUAUUUUUGAAUGGGAAUUUCUCCGUCAGUACAGUAUGUACAGUACACUAGCAUUGAUAUGGAUCCACGGGCUUCAUCACCCACCUGUACACAGCUGUCUCUCACUAUACCCUGGUCCUGUAGUUGUAUGUGUCUACCGAGGAUGCCAUUUUCAUAAAGCUCCCCCGGGAAGAAGGAAGGGAUUUGGUUGGCAGAAACUAGCUCUGAAUACACGGACUCUGACUAGCUGCCCUUGGUGGGCUUCAUACACAGACUUUCUUGAUUCAAACUCCACUCCACUGUACUGGGCAGCAGCGCCAACUUCUACCUGCUCAACUUUUGUUAUGACAUCACAAAGACAAUCACUAAAUAUAGCAGACUGUGUGUUUUGGAAGUAAGACGUUCAGUGUGUGUCCAUUAUCAGAAAGAAGUGUAAUUACUUUGCUUUUGGGGUGGGCCCUUUAUAUUUGUAAUCCUUUAUAUUGUCUUCCACUACACAUUUGUUACUGCAUUUUAAACGAUCAAAGUGUGUACUAUAUUGUACGUGUAAGUGUGUACACAUGAUUCAUAAUCCUGGAAAUGUAAGGAAUCUAUAUUUAUGUUCCUCUGUGAUUUGCAAUCCAGACCCUCUUUGUGUGAACCACCCUAUCAGUGCACUUUCUCUACCACCAAAAUAUAAGAUUCUCUGCUGCUUUCCUUAUCACAAAACAUGUAUACGUUUGGUAAUAAAGAACACAAACUUGC